UGCUUUCACUAUUCAGCCAAACGGGCGACAAGCGGGCCAAUUCAGUGUUAAAAAAAAAAACAAAAAAAUCAAGUGGCAGAUACAAUCCUUAAAAAAUGAAAGUGCUAAUACUCCUCGUACUAUUUGCCUUAACCUGCCAAGCCCAGCACCACCAUCAGCAUCAACAGCAUCAGCAUCCCAAUGCCAACAACAUUCCAAGGGAUGACAAGCCGGAUCAUCACCGACAUGAGGACCACCGGGAGACGAGCACCUGGAUACCAAUCAUUAAGUACAACAAGGAGCAGAGUGAAGAUGGCAGCUACAAGACGGAGUACGAAACGGGCAACAGCAUCGUCCACGAGGAGACGGGCUUUCUAAAGGACUUCGAGACAAAUCCCAACGGGGUGCUGGUCCAGCACGGCCAAUACUCGUACCAAUCGCCGGAGGGAACCCUCGUCAACGUGCAGUACACGGCCGAUGAGAACGGAUUCAGGGCCAUUGGCGAUCACAUACCCACUCCGCCGGCCAUUCCCGAGGAGAUCCAAAAGGGACUGGAUCAGAUCUAUGCCGGCAUCAAGUUGCAGCAGGAGCGUUUGGAGCAGAGGGCCAAGACUGAUCCGGACUUUGCCAGGAAGCUGGAGGAAAGACGGGUUGCCAAUCAGAAUGGCCAGUACAUUGGGCUCCUGGAGAACCAGUAGAGUGAGAGUGGGAGAAAGUAUUGUCCUGUUUCCCAGUUCCCACGCUCCCGCCCCCACCGAAACAAUGAUCCUGGAGACGUGACCACUUUCAAUUCUAUAUCGACAACAACAAGACUGUGAUUUCACUCUGCAAGUUCUACUCUUUGAAAUCGGUACUAUUUUCGGUUUCUAUCGAUUUCUAUUUUAACUUUUGAGAUUUCCAACUAAAAAAAAUCCUAAUUUUAUUUUAUUAAUGAGCGUGAAAGUUUCUCCGCCUUGAAACAAUAAAAGAAAAACUAACGUUUCCAUUAUGCCGAACCUA